AUGCCAAGCAGCUCAGAGCUCCCUGCGCCUCCACUCGAACAUGGUACUGAUGCCAGUAUGGCAAGGCUUCACAGGAAGAUACUCUCAGCAGUCUGCACGCUUGUCACCUUCGCACGUGCGAUAAGCAGAAGUCCCGGUUGCGGAAAGACACUCCCAGCAACGACAAAGACCGGCGGCCUCGGCUCAAGCAACAACAUCUCCCUAACCACCUCCAACGGCCUCACACGUUCCUACCUCCUCCACAUCCCCACAUCCUACUCCAAAGAUGUCCCCACCGGUCUGAUCCUCUCCUUCCACGGCCGCGGCCAAUCCGGCGCCCAUCAAGAGAAACUCUCAAAGUUCUCAGACAGCAGUGUGAACCCGGACAUGCUUGCAGCAUACCCCAAUGGUGUUGAUAAGCAAUGGCAAGGCGACCCGGCUGCUACAACUGACGACGUGCCCUUCACACUCGCGAUGCUGAAGCACAUUGGUGAUGAGUAUUGCAUAGACCUCGACAGAAUCUACGCCGCAGGCAAAAGUAAUGGAGGCGGCUUCGCUCUCAACGUGCUGGCUUGCAGCCCUGUCGCGUCGACCAAGAUCGCUGCGUUCGCGGGGUUUGCGGGUGCGUAUUAUCAAGAGAAGGAUGUUAAGCAUUGUGAUCCCGAGAGUGUGCGUAUCACUUGUGACCCUGGACGGAGACCGGUUCCGAUCUUUGGGUGA